UGUAUCACCUCGGUCUGUAGGCGUCUCUGCACACAUGCUGUUACAGGGGCUGACGAGGUUUCUUGGUAUUUCACAGACCCUAUUUCUAACAGAUUUGAGAAAUGGCAGAUGAGCUUGGCAAGGUGAGGAAAAAGUUUGUGGAAAAAGUGUCCAAAGCACUGAUUAAGCAGCUUUUGGACGACCUUUUAGAUGAUGGCAUCCUGAAUGAUGGCCAAAAAGACGCGAUAAUUGAGGAGCACAGCAGCACAACAGACAAGGCCCGCAGUCUCAUUGACACAGUGAAAAAGAAAGGGGACGAAGCCAGCAGGAAGAUGAUCGCUCACAUUCAAAGCAGAGACUCCACACUUUACUCUGAACUGGGCCUGUCCUCUGGUCAACCUGCUCAGCUGGCUGCAGAGUCACAGGCUGAACAGGAAUGGUCAACCACGCUCAUGCGUACCACCGAGACGUUCUGGAUGGAAAAAGUGAAUGACAAAAAUGUUUACUCUGCGGGCAAAAAUUCCAUUCGGAGCCGUGUAGCCCUGCUAAUCACUAAUAUAAAGUUUAGCGAUGAGAAAUUGAACAGACAUGGAGCCGAGAAAGACGAAGACAACAUGCAGAAACAGCUCACAACUCUGGGAUAUGAGGUGGUGAAAUACACAAACCUCACAGGAAAGGAAAUUAACGAUGCCAUAAUUGGUUUCUCUAAACAUCCGAAACUCAAAGAAACAGACAGUGUGUUUGUGGUUAUCAUGUCUCACGGGAAAUUGGGAACUGUCCUUGGUGUCAACUGGAAAAAGGGUGAUGAAAAACGAGAUGAGUUCCCCAUCAACAACAUUUACAAACACUUGGGCUCAGAGAAAUGUCCGGCGCUGCUAGACAAACCCAAGAUCAUCAUCAUCCAGGCAUGCAGAGGAGAGGAGGAAGGGUCAGCGUUAGUUAGAGAUGGUGCAAACUCAGAUGUGUUCUGUGAUGAUGCAUCACAGCCUGAUCCGUCCCUGUCUGCUGGUGAGGACAACAUUGAGGCUGAUACUUGGAGAUGUGUACACAAGGAAAAAGACUUCAUUUCUCUUCUAUCCUGCACACCUGAUACUGUCUCAUAUAGACAAAGAGAUCGUGGAUCUUUCCUCAUCCAGUAUAUUGUUGAGGUUUUGAACACUUAUGCAUAUAAGGACGACAUUGAGGAACUUUUCAGAAGAGUCAUGCAACGCUUUGAAGGGUUUUCCGUUCAAACCAAAAGACAGAUGCCGACCAAAGACAGAUGGCACACACUAACAAAGCGCUUCUACUUCUUCCCGGGCAUCUAAACUCAGGAUUCACGGAAAACCCACACUUGUAGCCACAUUUAAAAUUGUGCUUGCAAUGUCUUGGUGAAUAAAUUAAAACUUAUGGAUGUAUUAAUAAAAUGGUCUACUGGGCACCAGAAGGGAAAAUGAAAGGGAUGUAAAGGGACUCAAAACAACUGCAAAGAGACAUUAAAUGACUUAAGAGAAACAAUAUGACUGCAAAGAUAUUUUAUGUCCCUUUUACACAUACUUAAAUCAUUGUAUUUAUAUUUUUAUAUAUCCAGCAGUGUGUAUGUCUUCGCAUAAAUGGAACAUAGACAUUUUCAUCAACUUGCAAGCAACAGGUUGCUUACUCUUGGAUGUCAUGCAAGUAGUCAACAGGAUAUUGAAUGAUUCCCUUCACCAAAAUUCUAGUUUAUCCACCAAAUGUUAGAACACACCUGCCUGCAAUUUUAUGAAAUCAUUUUUACUCACACUUGUAAAAUGUGCAAUGUUUGUUAAAUAUUUUAUACUUCUUAAAGGUUAUUUGAUACCAGAAAAUACAGCCAUGAAUUGUUGAAAAUGACAAAUUAUUUUCCCGAUAUCCUACCAUUUAAAUCAGUGGUGGCAUUUAUUAAACAGGGACUACAAUGCACUGAAAUCCAUUCCAGUGACAAGUGAAGCAGCA